UACAGCCAUUCGUUCUUGGUGAAAAACUCUUACCUGCAGAGCUGUAUUCUGAGCGCUUGACUGAGUGACAGCAUGUGCACAUGCACAGGGAGCAGUGCCAACACUAACAGUGACAUGGUACUGACUUCACAUGACUUGUCUGGGAGGGGACAGCCAACUCCUGCCUGGAAACACCCUGCUGCCGGUGCCUAAACCCUCAUAAAGUUUCCACAGCAGUAGUGAAAGGUGAGGAGUUGUCCUCUGAGCAGAAACACAGGACCUCUCCUAGGCUACAAUCAGCAGGAGGUGAGCAAAGAGACUGAGCUCAAAGCUUUUCUAGGAACUGUAAUUGCCUACUGAGCUAUGCAGAGCUUGGCACAAUAGGAGACCCGCCAGACACGACAUCCAGUCCUGUAUCAGACUGUACAGUGUGGCUGAUGUGCAGCUUCUGUGGAGAGCAGUGUAUCCCUCCUUUCUGAAACACUGCAAGAAGAGCACUCCCAAGGCGCUUGCUAUCAUCACAAAGAUGAAGAAAGACUCUGGGUAUUCCACCAUGGCUGCGCAUCAGGAGCAGGAGGAGAAGCUCUGGGCUGCUGUGAAGAUGUCUGCCCUUGUCCUUGGCUCAGCCCUGCUCAUAUUCACUGCUUUAAUGAACUCUGUUUCUUGGUGCGUGCAAAAGAUCUGGGAUACUUCGGGCUACUUUUGGCAGACAACGUGGCUGAAGCUUUACUACCUGUUUGAGGGAAGGGAAUGGUCACUUUUCCUCUUUGGGGCUGCAUUGGUUCCUAGCCUUGCUUUUUGGUGCUUCAAUGGAAUCCUUAUGGUGGCUGAUGUAACAGGAAAGCCAACUUUCAUUACUCGGUAUCGCAUUCAGUUGGGCAAGAAUGAUCCUGUGGACACACAGAAAUUGCGACAAGCCAUCUACACAGCGCUGUUUAAUCAGUUCUUUGUCUCCUUUCCCAUGCUCGUGCCCAUGUUCUAUGUAAUGAAAUGGUGGGGCAACACUUUCAGCAAGGAAUUACCCACUUUCCAGUGGUUUCUUGUGGAGCUGAGCAUCUUUACCUUAAUAGAGGAAAUCCUCUUCUAUUAUUCACACAGGCUUGUUCAUCUCCCACUCCUGUACAAGCACAUCCACAAGAAGCACCACGAAUGGACAGCCCCCAUUGGCGUGGUCUCCAUUUAUGCUCACCCACUGGAACACAUACUCUCCAACACGCUGCCUGUCAUGACUGGCCCAAUGCUCAUGGGGUCUCACAUGGUUUCAAUCACAGCGUGGUUCUCCCUUGCUCUUGUAACAACGAGCAUUUCGCACUGCGGUUACCACCUGCCCUUCCUACCAUCACCGGAAUUCCACGACUUCCAUCACCUCAAGUUCAACCAGUGUUACGGAGUCCUGGGAGUGCUGGAUUAUCUGCAUGGAACAGAUGAUGUGUUCAGACAAAGCAAAGCCUAUGAGAGACACAGGGUCCUCCUCAGCCUCACACCGCUCUCCAAAAGCAUCCCUGAUAUACCCAAGAGAGCAGGGUGAACCCUCUAGACUGCAGCCCCUGCAAAGCCCAGGGAUAAGGAGAGGAAGAGACAAUGAUUUACACUAAUGUUUUACCUGGGAAACAAGUUAUUACUCACAAGUAAUGACUCUCAAAACUGAACUUAAACACGAUACUUGACAUGACUUCAUGUACUGCCUGUUAUUUUCCACCUAAAGCAUGAAAAAACAACUCUAGAAAGUUA